CAGCAAACCAAUGAGAAGAGAAGUGGAUCCUCUGGCAGUAGGAAGAGUAAUUGGGGAUGUAGUGGAGCCCUUUACCAGGUCAGUAUCUAUGAGGGUCAUCUACCCCAAUAACAGAGAAGUCAUCAAUAGUCGUGAGCUCAGGCCCGCGCAGGUUGUUAGCCCACCCAGGAUCGAAGUUGGCGGCGGACGCGACCUCAGGACCUGCUACACUCUGGUCAUGGUCGACCCUGACUCACCUAGCCCAAGUGACCCAAACUUACGAGAGUACUUGCACUGGUUGGUCACUGAUAUUCCCGCGAGCACAGGAGUAACCUUCGGACAAGAGAUCGUGUGCUACGAGAGUCCACGACCAACAGUGGGGAUUCAUCGUUACGUGUUCGUGUUGUUUCAGCAGCCGGGAAGGCAAACGGUGUAUGCUCCAGGAUGGCGUCAAAAUUUCAACACCAGAGACUUUGCGGAGCUUUAUAAUUUGGGCUUGCCGGUUGCUGCUGUUUACUUUAACUGCCAGCGAGAGAGUGGCACUGGUGGAAGGAGAGCUUAAUCACAAACUAUAACUCGUUAAUUAUCGCUGCUGUUUAGUUUCCAUCCAAGAUAUAAUAAGAUCCAU